AAAAAAAUUGUAAUUUUUAGAUAUUUUAGAUACAUAUAGACUACAGACUGGAUCGGCUGAAAAAUUAGGAUUGCCGUGCAACGUGUGGCUCGGACAUAAUAAUCUGUAUUUUACUGACGAUGCAGAAGAAAUUCGAGUGUUCCUAAAUCACCCAGACAGUUUGCAUAAGUCAUUUUUGUACGAUGGAAUGAGAAUGGUUUUUAAGAACAGUCUUCUCUUUCAACCUGUCAAUAUUUGGAAAGGACGCCGAAAGUUUAUUUCGAAGAGUUUCAGUCAGCCCAUCCUCAAUUCCUUUGUUCAAUAUUUCAACGAAAACAGCAAUGUAUUGGUGAAAGUGCUGAGGAAUUUUAACCACGACCUUUAUAGUGUAUUUGGUCGUUAUACUUUCGAUACUUUUACUGAAGCAAUAGUUGGUAGGAAUUACCACCUGCAAACUGAUUUAAACAACAAGCUUUUGGAGGAAAUGGAUGUGAUUCAACAUUUCUUAGGCUGUGAGUAUUUCGUGCGGGGUUGUUGUUUUGGCGUUCUCAUGAGAAUCAAGGAUUUUCUAUGUCAUGGAUGGCAUGCACUUUGGGUUAUACUUAAAUUUAGAAGAUUUUUAGCUGAUAAAGUUCGAUGCAGGAUGGCAGAAUUUGAUAAAUGUCCAGUUGUAGAUUCUCAGUUAUCAUUUGUGGACGCCAUGUUGAACAGAAAAGACAUCUUUCCUCGGAAAAUAAUAGAAACGGAGUUUAUAUUAUUUGCAUCAGCGGCUACCGACACGACUGGAAAUUCAUUAGUAUUUAUAUUUACGUUACUGGGUAUGUAUCCAGAAAUCCAGGAGAAAGUAUUUGAAGAAAUAGUAACUAAUAUUGGUCGCGAUGAACCUAUUGAGGUAGACCAUUUAACCAAAUUGAAAUAUACUGAACGAGUUAUUUUUGAAUGCAUGAGAUUAUUACCAAGUGUGACCGAAGUAAGCCGAUAUAUCUCUAAAGACAUAAAAAUAGGAGACAAAACCUUUCCAAAAGGAACCAAUAUAUCGAUAUACAUUCUUGGUGUUCAUCGAAAUAGCAAAUAUUGGCCGAAUCCUGAUAAGUUUGAUCCAGACAGAUUUCUACCAGAAGAAAUUGCCAAAAGGCCUCCUUAUGCCUAUAUUCUGUUCUCUGCAGGACCUAGGAACUGCAUAGGAAAAAUGUUUGCUACCAUGUCCAUAAAGGUGGUCGUGGCCAACGUGAUACGAAAUUUUCGAGUGUCGUCAAAGUAUCGAUCGAUAGAUGAGAUGGAGAUGAGAUGUUACAUGACCAUGAGGACGAAACAUGACAUAGACUGCCAUUUUACUCCAAGAGAUUGACGAAAUAAUUUUAAAACGUUAUGUUAAAUAUAUCAAAUUAUAAUUAUA